AAGCUUUCUUCCUCACAAACAAGCCAGAACAGGAUUGUUGUGUGAGGUUGUUGUGUUUACUGAAUCAAUUCUACCAUAGAAACACUCUUGAGCGACACUUGCCGUUUUAGCUGAUAAUCAGUUAACUCGCCUGCAUAACUAACGAGCUUUAUUUAAUAACUUUGUAUCUCCAUAACGUCUUAUUUCGUAGCAAAUUCUAUUUAUUAGACCCCGAAAAUCUGUCAUUGAUACAAGAAAGCAUGGCUGACGUCAGUAGUGAUUACAUCGCAACUAAUACUGCCUUCGCUUCGGAUGGAAAUAACUCAGCAAAUGCUGCCACUUCUUCAGAUCCAAAGAACGUUCAGGAUUUGACGAAUUACGUUCAGUUGAUUCUACAACAAAUGCAAGAUAAAUUCCAAGAAAUGUCAGACAAAAUCACCGGAAGAAUGGAUGAAAUGGCAAAACGAAUCGAUGACCUGGAGAAAAACAUUGCUACAAUAAUGACUGAUGCUGGAUUGGACAACAUUGAAUAAGUGUGACUGGAUUUUUUUUAUCAUUGAUGUUUAAAAUAUUCCCAUGUUCUCUCUCUCUCUCUCUCUCUCACACACACACACACAUCUCUUAUGAAUGGAGCAGCAGCAGCAACAACAGCAGCAGGAACAUGGUGGUGAUGCUGGUGGUAGUGGAACAGAAGUUGUAUCUUUAUAACCACAUAAUGAUAUAAAGUUUUUUCUGAUUUGUACAUUCUGCUUGCACAAUCCAUUUUGGAGUGAGUGUCUUUAUCUUCCUGUAUUCAUGAAACUAACUUGCAAACUAUGAAGAAUUAAACAGACAUGAUUUACA